UCUGUCUGGCCAAGUUGAGAGGCGAUAUAACCUCUGUUUGUACAUAGUGUUUAAAUGUACCUUGGACCCCAUUAUACAGACCGAUUUAUCCAUGUAAACUAUGUCAACUUAUAGAAUUUUGCGAAUAUCUUAUCAUGUCAGGUGCCGGAAUGCUUCUUCUACACGCUUCGUGACAACAGUACAACCGCCAUCGAUUGCACCAUGGUCAAUAUGUACGAGAUAUUAUGCAUCAAACACCCAUCCUAGUAACAAGAUAAAUGGCUUAUGGCAAUCCUUAGUACGCCGAUGGGAAUGGAGUGUUCCUGUUGGAGUUGGUGUUUCAUUACUUGCUAUUUUACAGUGGAGGUAUCUUAGAAGGCAUCCAUAUCCUACCGAUGCUGCACAACUAAAAGGACCAGUUCAUGACGUUAUGGUUCGAUGUUACUGUUCUUUACCCCUGAGGAUAAUAAGUCGAGUUUGGGGCUGGGUAGCUAGUAUUCAAUUACCAGUUCCAUUAAGGUCCAGUGUAUAUGGAUUUUAUGCAAAAGCUUUUGAUGCAGAUUUACAAGAAAUCGAUCUAGAUCUUACUUCAUUUCCUGCUCUAGUGGACUUCUUUGUAAGGCCGUUAAAGCAAGGUGCAAGACCAAUUGCUAACGAUUGUAAUAUUGUUUCCCCUUCAGACGGAAAAGUGUUACAUUUUGGAACUGUAACUUCAUGUCGUGUAGAACAGGUCAAGGGAAUGACUUAUAAUCUGCAGCAUUUUCUGGGCGACACAAACGGCCUGCAAGUUAAUAAAUCUAUACCAAUGAAACAGUCUGACUGUGAUGACUAUGUUAGGUCACUACUAAAAAAUCCAUCGAACCAGCUUUAUCAAUUAACAGUUUACUUAGCUCCUGGUGACUAUCACCGCUUUCAUAGUCCGACUGAUUGGCGGAUAUAUUUUCGUAGACAUUUUCAAGGAAAACUAUUAAGUGUAAAUCCUAGGAUAGCAAGCUGGUUACCAGAUUUAUUUUCGCUAAAUGAGAGAGUCGUUUAUAUUGGUGAAUGGUCAGGUGGAUUUAUGGCGUAUACUGCUGUAGGUGCUACUAACGUAGGUUCUAUAAAAGUAUAUUGUGAUCGAGACCUUGUGACUAAUACAAAAAAGUGGCCAAGAUACAAGCACUUUGAAGAUGCAAAUUUGGAUUGUGCCACAAUAUCCAAAGGUGAGUUGUUCGGAGAGUUCAGAAUGGGAUCAACAAUCGUUCUGCUGUUCGAAGCACCAAAAGAUUUUCGAUUUUGCUUAAAAUCUGGCCAGUCAAUCAAAGUGGGUCAACCAUUAUCUGAAAGUUGCAUUAAACCUAGGGAAAGGAUGCAAGGUCAAAUGAGUUGAGUACAACAAGGACAGUAUCCUCGAUAAUUACAACAGACGAUAAAGACUAAACUGUACAUUGCUAAAUAAUCUUUGUAAGAGACCAUUAACAUUACGAUUUUGCUGUAUGUACAAUACCAUAUUGCAUCUGUAUGUACAUAAUACACUGUACACUCCGUGCCAUUGUUCAUGUAAUAAAUAUAUACAUUUUGAUAAA